AUGGUUCGAGCUUGGUCUGACUCGAGCAAUUUUAUCAAACAAUUAUUCAGUACUAUUACGCUAUAUGGUCUUCCAUUCACCUCUCAGAGUUCAGUCCUCGUUAUUGGGCUUCUUUUUCACAUUUUAUACAUAUGGAGCAUUUUUGAUAUUUACUUCACAUCACCUUUGGUGCAUGGGAUGACGCCGCAACGGGUUGAAUUACCCUCCCCGGCGAAAAGACUUGUUUUGUUUGUCGCUGACGGCUUACGUGCUGAUAAGUUAUAUCAAUAUCUUUCGGACGAGAAUUCAACGAUAACGACAACUAAUCCCUAUUCAGAAAAUCAUCCUUUUUUGAAAGAAAUUAUUAAUGAACAAGGCACAUGGGGUGUCUCUCAUACUAGAGUACCAACAGAGUCAAGGCCUGGACAUGUCGCCUUGAUUGCAGGCUUUUAUGAGGAUGUUAGUGCUGUAACUAAAGGCUGGAAAGCGAAUCCUGUGGAAUUCGAUUCAGUUUUCAAUCAAAGUCGGUAUACAUGGUCGUUUGGAUCUCCCGAUAUACUGCCAAUGUUUGCUGAAGGCGCUUCCGAUCCGGAUCGCGUAAGCACAAUAAUGUAUUCCGCAGAUAGCGAAAAUUUCGCGAAGGACGCGGUGGACUUAGAUUAUUGGGUAUUUAAGCAAUUUCGCCAAUUAUUUGCGAAUGCUUCAUCUGAUCCACACUUGCAUCAAAAAUUGCAAGGCGAGCAAAUAAUAUUCUUCCUCCAUUUACUCGGCUUAGACACUAAUGGUCACGCGUACGGUCCUCAUUCUAAAGAAUACUUGCACAAUAUCAAAGUAGUAGAUGAGGGAGUUCGUGAAGUUGUCGAAUUUCUGGAAAAUUAUUAUAAGCAUGAUGGUAAAACUGCAUACAUCUUCACUUCUGAUCAUGGAAUGAGUAAUAUAGGCAAUCAUGGGGAUGGACACCCAGAUAAUACACGUACUCCGUUAAUUGCCUGGGGUGCUGGUAUUAAAAAGCCUAAUAAAAUACAUUCGGGUGGAUAUGAUGAUGUGCUCGCUACAUGGAAUUUGACUCAUUUGGAAAGAAAUGAUGUCUUGCAGGCUGAUAUUGCACCUUUGAUGGCUUCUUUGAUUGGUAUUAAUUAUCCUGUAAACUCUGUAGGGGAACUGCCAUUGAAUUAUCUUGAUAACACGGAUAAAUUUAAAGCACAAAGUCUUCUCGUCAAUGCGAUUGAAAUCUCUGAGCAAUAUAAAGUUAAAAAUGAAUACAAAAAAAGAACAGCAUUAUGGUACCAACCAUUUGCCCCGCUGAGUAAUUCCACGCAUAAUCCCAAUACAUUAAUCACGCAAAUAAGAAAUUUUAUUGAUGAAGGAAAUUAUAAUGAAGCGGAAAAUUUGUGCUUAGUUCUGGCAGAACUUUCAUUACAAGGACUUCGGUAUCUUCAAACGUAUGAUUGGCUCUUUUUACGAUCAAUUGUCACAAUUGGUUAUUUAGGUUGGAUUGCUUAUUGCUUAAUUUUUACCAUAAAAGAAUAUGCUCUAGAAAACACUUAUCGAUUAUUGAAUAAUAAUAGCCAAUCUAAAGAAAAUAAAAUGGCAACUUUCUGGAGUGAGGUUCUGAGGCGAUACCACAUUUUAUCAGACUAUAAUUGGGAACGAGCCUUAAGUGGACACAGUUGGAUUUUCCUUGUUGGGUAUAUUAUUGGAUAUAUUCUCGUAUUGGAAAUCUUUGUAUACAGUUAUUUCGAACGUGGAACAUUAACAGUUUGUUUUAUCUUCGCCGCAUUUUGGCCUUCUAUAACGUCGUUUAAAUUCCGUAAAUCGAAUGGACCGCUGCUUUACUCUUGGCUUGCUUCAUGCAUAAUUUCAAGCACGUUUUUAUUGCUACCAGUUGAAAAAGGAGAAAAUAUUAUUCUAGUUAUUACUGGCGGCAUUUUAAUUGGUGUCACGGGAUUUAUUGCGCUAUGGAAGAGUAAGUAUUUCAUUCCGGAAGAUGAUGCGUUUGCACGAAAAGUAAUAUGGAUUCAGCUUGGAUUAAUAUUUUCCAGCACUUUACUUGUUUACGACACGACAAGUAAAUUAAAAUCGAGAGCGGGUUUGCCAUUGUUUAAUCAAAUACUUGGUUGGACUAUUUUGGAACAAAAGAUUUAUGAAUCAGAAUUAUCGCCAUCGUCAUCAUACACAGUAACACGAAAAUUGACUAUACGUGACGCCCGAACCGCAUUAUUUUUUCUCUUUUUCAUAAAAGUCGCUUUUUUUGGCACCGGCAACGUUGCAAGUCUCAGCAGUUUUUACCUAUCAAGCGUUUACCGCCUAACCACAGUCUUCAAUCCAUUCCUAAUGG